GUCACGUCACUUCAGAACUCCACGGUAUUCACGCGAACAUCAUCAACGAACGAUUCCACAAGAGCUGUUUUUCGAUAUACAAUUCUUUUUUUCGUUAGUUGAAUCUGAUGAUGAGUGAUUUACCGAAAACAUUUGUGGAAACGUUCCACAGUGUGGAAGCCGUCAGAAAAAUGAAAUAUCAACCGCUCGGCAAGACAGGGAUGAGUGUGUCUAAGUUAAGCUUCGGGGCAUCAUCACUUGGAAGUGUCUUUAGAGAAACUGAUGAUGAAGAGUCCAUUAAAGUUGUGCAUCAUGCAAUAAAAAGUGGUAUCAACUAUAUUGAUGUUGCUCCAUGGUAUGGUCAUGGUAAAGCAGAGACAGUUUUAGGCAAGGCUUUGAAAGAUAUACCUCGUGAGGCAUAUUAUAUUGCCACAAAGGUGUGUCGCUAUGAGCCUGAUAUGCAAAAGAUGUUUGAUUUUUCUGCUGAAAGAACAUUACAAAGUGUUGAAGAAAGCUUGAAACGGUUGGGUCUGGAUUAUAUUGACGUAAUUCAGGUUCAUGAUAUGGAGUUUGCUCCUUCAUUAGACAUUAUUUUUGGCGAGACAUUACCUGCCCUUCAGAAGCUCAAAGAAAGUGAGAAAGUGAAGUUUAUUGGAAUAACAGGAUAUCCAUUAGAAAACUUUCGGACUGUUCUGGAAAGGAGUAAAAUAAACAUUGAUACAGUGUUGACCUAUUGCCGUUGUUCACUAAAUGACAUUGGAUUGUUAGAUUAUGUAAACUUCUUUAAAGAGAGUGGAGUUGGAAUUGUGAAUGCUUCUCCUGUAUCAAUGGGAUUAUUGUCUAGCCGUGGACCUCCCUCAUGGCAUCCAGCAGGGGAAAUUGUGAGAAAAACAUGUAGAGAGUCUGUUGAUUACUGUCAGGAACAAGGGGUUGAUAUCUCCAAGCUAGCACUUCAUUUCACCCUGGGUUUUGAAGAAAUUCCAACUACCUUGGUUAGCACUGCCAGCAUUCAAAAUCUUCAGAAAAAUAUUGAUGCUGUUAGUCAAGAAUUAUCAGAAGCUGAAAGUAGAUGUCUGCAGUAUAUAAGGGACAAUAUUUUUAAGCCAAGUGGUAAUCUUUCAUGGGAAGGUGUAGAAGUCUCAAAGUAUUGGCAGAAGAUUAAGCAGCUUCAGAAUUGACACUGUACUUGUGACUCAACUGUGUUGACACACUAUGGCAGCUUUCAACUUGUUGUCUUUAAAAAAAAAAACAACUGUAUCUUUAAACAUAAGUUUUGAAUAUUUAGUACCCUUUUGUCUAAAAGUAAUUGUCUUAAUUUAUAAUGGUAAUUGAACUGAGUGGAGUGCAAUUUGGGCUGAAAUCAUACGCGUGAUUUCAAAAUCGAACGUGCGCGCAGCGCAAGUUCAGUUUGAAACCACGAGUAUGAUUUCAGAGUGACCAAAAUUGCACAACACGAGGUUCAAUUACCAAUUUAUUACAUCCAUUUUGAAAUCGCCCAAAUACAGGACUUGGU